AUGACUGAAUUAAAUGAAAAGAUGCAAAAUUUGUCUAUUCAAGAAUCAAGCAAUGGUGGAAACAGUGGAUAUGUUCCUCCACAUUUAAGAAAUGGUAACAGAAAGUCAAGAUCUCCAGAAAAUCAAGGACCUAAUGAUUUCGGUGGUAACCGUGGCAACCACAGUGGUUCAUUCUUUGGAUUUAACAACCAGAGAAAUGGUGGAUACAAUGGUAACAACCGUGGUGGAUUUGGUGGUAACCGUGACAACUAUGGCAGAAACAAUUUCUUCAACAAUGGUUACAACAAAUACAACAACAACUAUGGCAAUAAUCACUACAACAACAGCAACUGGGGUCCAAAACCUGCUUUUAACAGAGGUGCCUGGAUUGAUGGGAAACAUGUGCCUGGUAAACAUAAUCCAAAAUUGGAAUUGGAAUUAUUCGGUACAGCAGAUGAUCCAAAAUUCCAAUCCUCUGGUAUUAAUUUCGAUAAUUAUGAUGAAAUUCCAGUUGAAGCUUCUGGUAAAGAUGUUCCAGAACCAAUCACAGAAUUCACUUCUCCACCUUUAGACGAACUACUAAUGGAAAACAUUAAAUUAGCAAGAUUCACCAAACCUACCCCAGUCCAAAAAUACUCUAUUCCAAUCAUUUCUAAAGGUAGGGAUUUAAUGGCUUGUGCUCAAACUGGUUCUGGUAAGACUGGUGGUUUCCUUUUCCCAGUUUUGUCUGAAUCCUUUAAAAAUGGACCAAAUGAGAUUCAUCACAACGAAAACUAUUACCAAAAGAAGGCAUAUCCAACCGCUGUUAUUUUAGCUCCAACUAGAGAAUUAGCUACCCAAAUCUUUGAUGAAGCUAAGAAAUUCUGUUACAGAUCUUGGGUGAAACCAUGCGUUGUCUAUGGUGGUGCUCCAAUUGGUAACCAAAUGAGAGAAAUGGACCGUGGUUGUGAUCUUUUAGUUGCCACACCAGGUAGAUUAAGUGACUUGAUUGACCGUGGUAAGGUUUCUUUAUCUAAUGUUAAAUAUUUAGUUCUUGAUGAAGCUGAUAGAAUGUUAGAUAUGGGUUUCGAAAUCCAAAUUAGAAGAAUUGUGGAAGGUUCUGAUAUGCCACCAGUUGGUCAAAGACAAACUCUUAUGUUUUCUGCCACUUUCCCAACCGAUAUUCAACAUCUGGCCCGUGACUUCUUGGGUGAUUACAUCUUCCUAUCUGUUGGUAAAGUCGGUUCCACUUCAGAAAACAUUACCCAAACUAUUCUUUACGUUGAAAAUGAAGACAAGAAAUCUGCUUUGUUAGAUUUGUUAGCCUCAAGUGACGAAGGCUUAACUUUAAUCUUUGUUGAGACUAAGAGAAUGGCUGAUCAAUUAACUGAUUUCUUAAUUAUGCAAAACUUCAGAGCUACUGCUAUUCACGGUGAUCGUACCCAGAGUGAAAGAGAACGUGCCUUGGCUGCCUUUAAAUCAGGUCGUGCUAAUUUAUUAGUCGCCACCGCUGUUGCUGCCAGAGGUUUAGAUAUUCCAAACGUUACCCAUGUUAUCAACUAUGAUUUGCCAACCGAUAUUGAUGACUACGUCCAUAGAAUUGGUAGAACUGGUCGUGCUGGUAACACUGGUCUUGCUACUGCUUUCUUCAACAAGGAUAACACCAACGUUGUGAAGGGUUUAAUUGAACUUUUAACUGAAGCUAAUCAAGAAGUUCCAGACUUCUUAAGAACUGCUGCUGCCUUUUCUAGAAGUGGUUCCAAUAGAUCUAAAUCUGGUUUCAGCCGUAACAACAGUAACAGAGAUUUUAGAAAUUCCAGUAACAGCUGGGGCAACAGCCGUAACAACUCUUCAAGAGGUGGUAACAGUUGGAAUAGCAGCUCUAGAAGUAGCUCUUUUAGAGGUGGUAAUGAUGGCUGGGGUAAUGUUUCCAGCAACACUAGUAACUCAUGGUGGUGA